UGUGCACCCACGCUUCUUAUGACUACCAUAAGCCUCCUAUUCACCGGGGAACUCCUUGACCGUGUGUCAGUGAGUACGGUGGUGACGUCUAAGGUCUCGAUUUGAUGUGCUUGUAGCGUUGGCGGGCAAUGCGCACCAUUGAUGAACUUAUAAUGAUCGUUCCUGUUGUCUUGAAUCUCAAAGGCAAUUUAGAGAUGAAUCUUUCUGCUAGAAUGGGAACUGCGGCCAAUAUGGGCGAGCUAGACGACAGGAGCGCACAACGCAAGAUCGUGGGUGGUAAUCUGGCACUCUUACAAGUGCAAGCUACUGUCGUCGCAUUUGUUGCAGCUUGUGUCGCAAUGCUUCUCGGUCUUUUCGUCCCGCAGCUAUAUUCGGGCCCUGUAGACCCUUUUCCACAGAACAGCACCCUAUUGCUGACUGCUAGGGUGCCUCGGCCGCCACCGCCUCUAGGUGGGAAACCGAAGUCCGGUUUGAUAGAAUUCACGAUGGUGGCCUCUUCAACUAUGAUGUCCGCAUGUCUGGCAAGCAUUUCCCUCGGUUCCUUCAUGUGUUUUCUGGUUAUCAUGUGCCGACGGUUUGGGCGUGACCCAGAUAAUAUUACGCCCCCAAUAGCAUCGUGUCUCGGAGACUUGGUCACACUCAGCCUUCUUGGUGUCAUUUCCUCCAUACUGAUCAACGUCGUCAAUACUCCCAUUCCUCUCAUUUGUGUCGCACUCACUAUUCUCUCCGCCACGUUUUGCGUGUUCCUGGUGAGGCGUAACAGUAGUGUCAAGGAUCUGAUCUACCAGGGCUGGAUUCCACUCUUUGGUGCAAUGGUAAUUUCUUGCGCCACUGGUAUUGUACUUGAUAUGUUUGCCUCUCGUUAUAAAGGAUUCCCUCUUCUUGCUAUCGUUAUUAGUGGGCUUCCUGGCAGCGUUGGAUCUAUAUUUGUCUCCCGACUCUCGACUGCUCUUCAUGCAGCAUCUGCAAACGCGUCCCUGCACAAAAACGAACCUUCCCCAAAACUUGUCAUGGUCACGUUGACCGUCAUCACAAUUCCCAUAGAGAUUUUGUUCCUCUUUACUCUACACGCAUUCGGGUGGUUAAAAUUACCUAUCAUAUUUGCGAUAUUAUCAGUAUUAUUCUUUUGUUGUGCAGUCUGCACCUCAUUAGUUGUAGCUCGGUUGUUGACCAAUUUUUUGUGGUCCAAAGACCUUGACCCCGAUACAUACGCUCUACCCAUCCACUCUGCCCUGAUGGAUCUGGUAGGGCAAUUACUCCUUGUAUUGUGCUUCGAGAUCGUCUCGCUUUUGGGUACGAAUUUGUAAAUCCCAUUAUUGCAAAUACUACACAAAGCUGU